AUGUCUCGAAGCGUGGUACAGCCCAACAGCUGGGUGGCAUUGAGACUCCCAAACGAUACACUGCGUGUUCUUCAAGUCGCACCAAAUACAACAAUUUCCCUAGGAAAAUAUGGCUCGUUCCCGAGCAACUUGCUCAUGGAGCGUCCGUUUCACCUGACGUACGAAGUACAAGAGAAGCGCCCCGGCGAAAACUUCUCCCGGCUACGAGUCGUGCCCGGCACAGAACUCAACGCCGACAUACUCGCCGAGACGAACGAAAAUGAGCAGACGGACGGCGACGCGGCCAUUGUCGCCGGCGAAGGCGAGCAGCUGGCGCUUGUAGACGAAACCGGCAAAGUCGUCGCGCGGUCAAAUCGGGAAAUCAUUGACGACUCGGCGCGGCAGAAGCUCACGGCAGAGGAGAUCGAGGUGUUGAAGCGCGAGGGCGCCUCGGCUGGGAAAGAGCUGAUUGCGAAACUCAUGCUGUCGCACACGGCGAUUGACCAAAAGACGUCGUACUCGCUCGCGAAGUAUAAGCUUUUGAAAGAGCGCAAGUUUCUGAGGAGAUUCUCCGUGCUGCCGCUGGACGUUGUCCUGCUGGGCCAGUGGCUGCUGGAGAACAGAGAUUCCUGGAAAGUGCUGGAGCUGAGGCCGGAGAUGAUGGGCCUGCUGGGAUGCUGGGCAGACGUGCAUUUUGGAGGCGAGCCCGCCCAGGGCACACAGCGGACGAGUAAGAAGCGUCCUCGCUGCCAUGAUUUCGACGACCACUUCGCCCUCACAAACACCAUCACCCUCAUCCACUCCAACUCGCAGCCCAACCUGUCUGUCCUGCGAUACUUUGACUACGACGCCAGCGAUCCCAACCCGCCGUACCCUUACCACCCGCUGUUCACCAACCUCCUCCCCAUCUCCUGGCUGCAACUCGUCGAUCCCGCCGAAGACGUCGUCUGCUCCGAGAAGCCGGCCGACGUGACGCCCGAAGAGCUCGCGUCCUGGAAACCCAACCGCCGCGGAAACUACCACCGCAAACGCCGGAGGUGGGCCCGGACCAACGAAGUCAUCGAAAACACACGGGCUGGCGGCUUCUCCGGGCUAGCUGUAGCGAGCACAAUGGACCCUGUCUCUAUCCUACGCGAGGCUCUCCCGCUAUUGGCAGGGGGCUCCCCCAUCGCCAUCUACUCGCCCACCAUUGAGCCGCUGGAACAGCUGGUAGACUGCUUCAGUAUCGGUCGUCGGGCAGCAUGGGUAUCAUCGCUGCCUACAGAGGCAGAGGGCAAAACGCAAGCCGAGUUGGAUCGCUGGGAGGGGACGAGGGAGUUUCCAAUUAACCCUACCCUGGUGCUUGGUGCGGCGGUCCAAAGCAGUAGAGCCAGGAGAUGGCAGGUUCUGCCGGGGAGGACACAUCCGUUCAUGACGGGGAGAGGAGGCGCGGAAGGCUUCUUGUUCACGGGCUGGAGGGCGAUUCCGGCACAAGGGAGGGUUUCUGCAAGAGGCAAAUUCCAGAAGAAGAAGGGAGAAGCAGCAUGA